GAGCGUUAAACAUGGCGAAUCCUUUUCUAAUGGACGACAGCGAUCUGGAUGGCGGCGAUCUGGCCGUCAAUCCAUUUCUGCUGCAGUCCGAUCCAGAGCCAGAGUCCACAGUGGGUGAGGGUGAGAAUCCGUUCGGCAAUCCGUUUGCCUUCGCUUCGGAGGAGCCCGCACACCCAGAGCCCGAUGCGCAUAUUGAUGUGGCCAUGAGUUUCUUCGGCACCACCAUCGAAGCAGAGGAUGAUGCACUGAGUCUCAAAUCGGCUGCCGAAGAUGAUCUCGGCGCACCGCCACGCCCACAGCCGCCGCCAAUACCACCCACUGCGGCCACACAACAGUUGAUCAAUACGGUGGCCAGUCACAUGGAGGAGACGAGCUCGGAGCUGCUUGGCCGCAUACCCGCCACACGCUCACCCAGUCCCGUCUCCAUGCGCGAUCUGCACUCGCCCAGUCCCACGCCCGACUCCGGACUGGCCGAUCUGCUCGAUGUGGACGCCGAUAUUGACAUCGAUGCCAGCGUUAGCUGCAGCGUCAGCGACAGCGCCAGCAGCACUGCGCCCGGCAUGGACAAUCCCUUUGGCGUGCCCACAGCUGUGCCCAAUCUUCAAGGCGCUGCGCCCGUCAAGCAGCUGCCGCCGGCACAGCCUCCGCGUCCGCCACCACCACGCCCAGCGCCGCCACGCCCCACUCCGCCAGCCCAGAUGCAUGCAGCGCCGCCACCACAGCGUCCGCCGCCACCAGCGGCACACCCAGUUCAGCCGCCCACACAGGAUGCCGACGAUCUGCUGGACAUGUUCGGAAAUGGCAGCAACAGCAAACCCGCCAAGCCGCCACCACCCAAGAGCAAGGAGGACAUCCUCAGCCUGUUCGAGCAGCCCACUCCAGCGCCAGCGGCACAGCCCAAACCGGAUCUGUUGGGUGAGACAAAUGGUGACGAGUCCGACUCGCAGCAGCAAACUAUAAUUUUCAAUUCACUGCUGACGCGUCCAGAUGAUAGCACCCAUGACAUAACCUCUCAACCCCAAGCUGCAACGCAUAUGGCAACUCACAUGGCUGCGCCCGUGGAUGCGACGCAGCGCCAGCGUGCGCCCACGCCAGACAUUGAAAUAACCACGGUGGAGGACUUGCCGCGCUCCGACGAUGAGGAUGAGCCCGAGCCGACGCCCACAGACGUGCAGCCAACCGAAUCGGCAGCCACUGGCGAUGAAUCGGAGCAGGAGGAGCAGCCACCGCAGCCAGAAGCCGAACCCGAACUGCAGUUCGAGGCACCAGCCGUUGUGGCACCUGAGCCGGAGCCCGAGCAAAUGGAUACUGCACUAGAUUUUCCCGCUUUGCAAAGUGGUCAGCUCUCGGCCAAUCCCUUUGCCAGUCCCGAGGAGGAAGAUCCAGAGCCGCCAAUUAGCGCCGCUGUGCCCAUGGUCAGCAACAUCUUUGCCGUGGAUGAGCCUGCGCUAGAGCCAGCUCCAGUUGAGAUUGCACCAGCUGCUGCUGCUGCUCCAGCCUAUGCUAGCAAUAUAUUCGCUGCCGAACCAGAUGAGUUUGAUGCCUUCUCGGCCAAAUUUGAUUCUGUCAAGAAGGAUAAUCUGAGCAUGUUGGAUGGUUUCGGUGGCGUUGGUGGCGGCGGCGGCGGCGGCUCUGGCGCCAUUACUCCCACAGGUGGCGAUGCUUGGGGUGACAGCGUCAUGGGCGUGGCCACAGCUGCUGCGAAUGCUUUUGGCGAAGUGAGCUCAGCCGACGAUGGCUUUGGCAAUGAGGAUGACGACUUCUAUGCCAUGCAGGCGCCGGUGCGCAGCGAAUCCGUCGAGUCGGUGGACAAGGAGUUUAGCGUCGUCAUACGCCCCAAAGUCGAGGGCGCAACGGGCGUGGCACCACAGCUGGCACCACCACCACCGCCGGCACGCAACAUUAUGUCGACAACGGCUGCUUCACCCACAGGAGCACCGGUGGCCAUAGUGAAUCCAUUCGAGGAUGUCAGUGGCUUUCCAGCACCCGGUGGCACAUCCGAGGGCAGCAUCAAGCGCACGGACUCCCAGGACACACCACAGACACCGCUAUACGAUGAGGAUGUCUCGCAGCCACUCGAAGAGUUUCCGCGUUUGCUCUACAUUGGUCCCGGCUGGGAAAUGCAACUGCGGCAGCCCAACAAGAAAAAGAUCACGGGCCAGCGUUUCUGGAAGAAAAUAUUUGUGCGUCUGGUCAUACAAAACGAUGUGCCAGUGGUGCAGCUGCUCAAUCAGCCGGGCGAUAAGCAAGCUUUCCAGGAGCUACCGUUGCAGCCAUCCUACUCUGUAUCUGAGAUUGGAGCUCAGCAGUACGAUCAGUUUGGGAAAAUCUUUACCAUGAAGUUGCAGUAUAUAUUCUACAAGGAGCGCCCCGGUGUGCGUCCCGGUCAGGUGACCAAAGCGGAGCGCAUUACCAAUAAGCUGACCAAGUUUGCACAAUAUGCCAUCGCUGGCGACUAUGAGGGCGUCAAGGAGUUUGGCAGCGAUCUGAAGAAGCUCGGCCUGCCCGUCGAGCAUGCGCCGCAGUCGUCGCAGCUGUUCAAGAUUGGCUCGAUGAACUACGAGGAUAUGAAACAGUUCUCUGUAUGCAUUGAGGAGGCGCUCUUCAAGCUUCCAGCGUUGCGUGAACGCGCGCUCACCUACAAAAUGGAGGAGGUGCAAGUAACAGCUGUCGAUGAAAUUAUUGUGGAGCAGGACUACGAGGGCAAGAUACUGAAGCAGAUUGCACGCGUGCGUCUCUUCUUUCUGGCAUUUCUCACAGGCAUGCCCACCAUCGAGCUGGGCGUCAACGAUAUGUGGCGCCAGGGCAAGGAGGUGGUGGGACGCCAUGACAUUAUUCCAGUGGCCACCGAGGAAUGGAUUCGCCUCGAGGCUGUUGAGUUCCACAGCGUUGUACAGCAGCAGGAAUAUGAGCGCACACGCACCAUCAAGUUCCAGCCACCUGAUGCCAACUAUAUUGAACUGCUGCGCUUCCGUGUGCGUCCGCCCAAGAAUCGCGAACUUCCGCUACAGCUCAAGGCCACCUGGUGCGUCACUGGCAACAAGGUCGAGCUACGCGCCGACAUUCUGGUGCCCGGCUUCACCUCACGCAAGCUAGGGCAAAUACCCUGCGAGGAUGUCUCCGUACGUUUUCCCAUACCCGAGUGCUGGAUCUAUUUGUUCCGCGUAGAGAAACAUUUUAGAUAUGGCUCUGUGAAAUCCGCACAUCGACGCACGGGCAAGAUCAAGGGCAUUGAACGCAUACUCGGCGCUGUGGACACGCUACAAGAGUCGCUCAUCGAGGUGACCUCCGGUCAGGCCAAGUACGAGCAUCAUCAUCGCGCCAUAGUCUGGCGUUGUCCGCGUUUGCCCAAGGAGGGUCAAGGCGCUUAUACCACACAUCAGUUGGUCUGUCGCAUGGCCUUGACUUCGUACGAUCAAAUACCAAGCGAGUUGGCGCCUUACGCAUUCGUGGAGUUCACUAUGCCCGCCACGCAGGUCUCGCAUACCACCGUGCGCUCUGUCAGCGUGCAGGACUCUGAUGCCGAUGAGCCGCCAGAGAAAUAUGUGCGCUAUCUGGCACGACAUGAGUACAAGGUUGGCAUCGAGACCACGCACGGCGAGUCCACGAACGCGUAUUUGGCGGCAACGCGACCCAUACGGGAAGAGCCCGCAGCAGCGACGACGGCGGCGGCCAAGCCAACAGCCUCGCCCGUACCGCCAAGCGAUUCGGAUUCGGACUCAAACUAAGCUGCUGCAAGCAACAAAUAAUUUGCUGCAGCAACACACACACACAUCAAUACACACACACACACACACAUAUAUAUACAUCAUCUUAUAUAGCAAAGCGUUUGCUUAGCUUGAGCAUAAACCAUUGAAGGAUUAAUUGAGACAAUAAUAAUACAGCAAUCAGUCGGGAAAAAACAAUAACAAAUUAAACAGAAAAUUGUAUAAAGCCAAAAAGCAAAGCAAAACUAAGCUAAAGAUCGUUGUCAACACGGAAGCAGAUUGAAGCAAUAAUUGAAUGAAUGAAUGAAUGGAAAGCAGCAAGUUAAUGAAAGGUAAGCUCUGUCGCUGUAUUUUAAGUCCGGUUGAGUCUUCGAUUCUUCGAUCCAACUUACUGCGCAUACUACUCUACAUA